CAAGGCAGACAAAGGUUCAUUUGUGAAGAACCUCCUUCCAGCACCUCCUCUCUUCUCCUUCUGCCCAAACUCACCCAGCGAGUUGGAGCAUUUUAAAAGAGUCCUCUGACAAGAAGACCAAAAGGAAAGAAGAAAAGGGGCCAAAAGCCAAAAUGAAAUUUAUAGUACUUGUCACCAUUGGGCUAACUUUGCUGCUAGGAGUCCAAACCAUGCCUGCAAGUCGCCUCUCUUGCUACAGAAAAAUACUAAAAGAUCGCAACUGUCACAGCCUUCCAGAAGGAGUAGCUGACCUGACAAAGAUUGAUGUAAACGUCCAGGAUCAUUUCUGGGAUGGAAAGGGAUGUGAGAUGAUCUGUUACUGCAACUUCAGCGAAUUGCUCUGCUGCCCAAAAGAUAUCUUCUUUGGACCAAAGAUCUCCUUUGUGAUUCCUUGCAACAGUCACUGAGAAUCUUCAUGUAUUCCGGAGAGCACCAUCGCUAAUCUCCCAGAAACUAAAUUUCUACUUUCUACCCAUGCAAUAAAGCACAGAUUUUAUAAAUUCUCACUUGUCUAAGACAAGUAAACU